GAUUGACAAACUUGAACCCCAGCCAAAACUAGCCCGAACCUCCCGCCCGGAAAUGACGUCUACUUCCGUUUGAAACAACGAACAGCAACCUUUCAGAGGUCAACGUUCUGUCUAGAGGGGUCUUCCAUUACGCUGCCAGAGCGUCCUCAGUUUACCGUGUGUUUACGGACUCUUUACGUCAGAUCCGCUGGGAACCAUCGUUACUGGAGUGCAGAAGACAUGGCGUACGAACCCAAAGCUGUCCGCGGACUGGGCUGGGCUAUGGUGGUCCUGGGCUCCCUCAGCGUGACGCUAGGGGUCGCUGCAGACAUCAACUUCUCCGCUAGGGGCGUGGGAGCCCUGGGGCAUUUCGUCAGCGCACCUGUCUGGAGUGGGCUGCUGGUACUUACGACAGGCAUUCUGGGUGUUUUCAGCGCAAAGAAACCAACAAAUAAGUGCCUGAUCGUGGCGUUCAUGGUGGUAUCGAUUUUCGUGAUCCUGGCGUGUGUGUGCUGCAUCGCCAUCGCUGCGUUAGGGAUCGUGCUGAACCACUACGUGGACAGCUGCCGUCAGUACGACUGGAGCGCCUACUACGCCGCCCAGGAGCGUCACAACAACAACCCGGACCAAUACCCAGACCCAGAAGUGUGGAACUUCAAAACCUACGACUGCAGCCCGUCCGCCAUCGGUCUGCACGCCGCCAACAUCGUCCUGGCCGUGAUUGAGAUCAUCCUCGGGUUCGCGGUGUCCAUCAUGAGCUGCGUCGGACUCUGCACCAUGCGACGCGGUGCGGGACAGACAGUGAUCUACGCUGCAGGGCCGGUGCCAGACGGAACGCAAGGAAACAUUGUGAUCAUGCAGGGAACUCCGGGCGUCCAGGGGAGCCAACCGCAGGUGUUCGUGGCCCAGAAUCCAGGUGCGGCAGGUGCAGGUGCACCUGUCCAGCUGUACUACCCGGCACAGAUGCCACCUGCCUACCAGGUGGAUUCAGGUGCAGCGCCAGGUGUGCAGGAAGAGAAGAAAGGCCCGAUUCCUGCUGAUUCCGUGUGAAAAACAGAACAAAACAAAAUGGUGUCCACCUGGUCUGGAUGACGUCAUAAAGUACCAGGAUGCAGAAAGAUGGCGGCGCCCUUGCUUAUUGGAUGAGGGUUUCUAUAUUGAUUUUAAACGCGUCAAUACGUCGUUAUAAAGGAUUGAUGUUCAUGUAACACGAGGAAAUGAUUGGAUUCGGUGAUCAGAACUAAAAUUGCUGAGAAGGAAGCUUCUUUUUUUAGGCAACUACAACUGUAAUUAAUUGAUAUUACCGUCAUUGAAAUAUUACAAAAGAAAAAUUCCAGGAGGACACUUUGCGCAAAUUGUACUUAAGCUUGUUGCUUCAAAGAGAUGAAUGACUAUAAAUUGAGAUAUAAAAUUACUAUGAAUUGGACAAAGUGUCCCGAGAACAAUACAGGAAUCGGUAUGCAGUCGUUUAAUUCGUAUAAUGUUUUUGUAAAGUUCCUAUAUCAAACUCAUACCAAAUCUCAUGUAGUGCACAUGAUUGAUUAUAAAAAAAAACUCUCCCGUAUAUCUUAUAUGA